CUUAGAAAUAAAAAUCUUUACAGUCUCUUUCCUACUUUGUUCGUAUAAUAAAAAACAAAUUAUUUCACCGUUUUGAGAAAUUGCCGAAAAUACCCUUAUACACGUUUCACACAGCACAGACGCCUCCAUUCUCGUCAAUCGUUGGCUCUUCCGGGGCCGAUUCCUUCGACUCCUCCCCUGCCCCCGCCGUUAUCUCCCCUGAAGCUACCGGCCGGAGACCGUCGCACCCCACCGGAGGUUUGUGAUUUCUUCGCUUUCAUUCGUUUUCCAUUUUCUUUCUGGUUCGUUUUCCCGACUUGAAUUGAAGCACGGAGCAUUUGGAAGGGGAAAAAUGGAAGCGGCGAGGUUCGGUUCUUCCCAGUUCACCACCAUUUCUGGUUCAACGAGUUCACGGAGGAGGCCGCCACUUAAAUUGCAUAGAAAUAACAUCACUUUCAAAUCUCCACUGAAAUUCUCUGUCCGCGCUUCCGCUGUUGAAGGCGACGAUUCUGCCGUGACUCUGCUUGAUUAUGGUGCCGGCAAUGUUCAGAGUAUUAGAAAUGCAAUUCGGUAUCUCGGUCUCGAUAUCAAAGAUGUGGAAACACCGGAGGACAUUCUGAAUGCAAAGCGCCUUAUUGUUCCUGGGGUUGGAGCAUUUGCUGCAAUGAUGGACGUCUUAAACAACAACGGGAUGGCUGAAGCACUUUGCAGUUACAUAGAGAAUGAUCGGCCAUUUUUAGGCAUUUGUCUUGGUCUGCAGCUACUUUUUGAGUCAAGUGAAGAAAACGGGCCAGAAGAAGCUUGUUUGUUGCAGUUAAUGGUGAGGAACUUGGGGAAGCCAGUUGAACUUGCUGGACAGUAUUACUUAGAUGGGGCUGAUGAGGUUAGCUUUUUGAAUAUCACAGGCUUUCGCGAUUUCCCUCUGGGCGAUUUGCCAAUGUUGCAGAUAUUGAAAUACACAUCAGAGAAUGUUUUUGUACCACUUACAGUUGGUGGUGGUAUCAGAGAUUUCACUGAUGGAAAUGGAAGGUACUAUUCUAGUUUGGAGGUGGCUUCAGAAUAUUUCAGAUCUGGUGCAGAUAAGGCAGGAUAUAGCCAUGUGUCAACAAUAAGAUAUUAUGUCAAAGAAAUAUUUUGCAACUUAUUUUCUUUAAUUUCUUUGAUUAGCUUUUGUAACUUUUGUUGCUGUAGUUUUGUGAUAUUGUUUGAAAAUGUGUUUGUUAAAAUGUUCUAGAUAUAGCUUUAAAA